UAUGGGGAAUGUGAUGGGGGCCCAGGGCUGAGCUGCCUGCAGCUGGGCUGCAGCACCAGGCAAUCACGGCUGCAAAUUGAGAUCAGAUGUGGGCAGCUUCUCCCUUUAAAUGGAGGGCUCGGGGCUGCUGCUUGGAUUGGUUUUGCUCUGGCUUAGAGAGGAGGAAGGUUUCUGAGUGCUGCUGGGUCCUUGGUUGGCUGUGGUGACCUGCAGUGUGGUGCUCCCUUGGGGGAGCUGUGUUUUCCUCAGGUAGCCCCACUGCCAGCUCCUCUGCAGCUGUGCUCCCUGCCUGUACCCUGCCUGUGCUGGGCUGGAGGUGCCUCUUGCUGGAGCAGGAGUGAUGCAGGAGCUGGUGGCUGGUGUGGAGAAGAUCAGGUUUGACUUGGAGUCUGAUGUGGAGCAGCAGCGAGGAGCUCAGCCCCUGCCCUUCCCGCGUAUGGACAGCGUGCGGUGCCCCUUCCGGCACGGCGGGGAGAAGAUGGUGGUGUGCAAGCACUGGCUGCGUGGGCUCUGCAAGAAGGGUGAUGAGUGUGACUUCCUGCACGAGUACGAUGUGACCAAGAUGCCAGAGUGCUAUUUCUACUCCAAGUUUGGUGAGUGCAGCAACAAGGACUGUCCCUUCCUGCACAUUGGUGCCACCACCAGCACCAUGGCCUGUCCCUGGUACGACCGCGGUUUCUGCAGGCACGGUCCCCUGUGCAAGUACAAGCACACGCGGAGGGUGCUGUGUGCCAACUACCUCGUUGGCUUCUGCCCAGAAGGACCCAAGUGCAAAUUCAUGCACCUCAAGGCCGGGCUGAUGACAAGCAGCAUGGAUCCAUCCAAGGUGAUGCAGGGAAUGUCCUUUGCCAUUCCCUCUUGA